AUGUCAUACACACCUAAACAAAUUCAUCUAGAGACAUUCGACUCGAAGAUCAGAUCAAGUUAUGUCGAGGUAUCGUCGGCUUCUUUGGGUGGGAAAGUAGUAGCUUGCUCAGAUGAUUUCUUCGCUUCGAGACAUAAUCUGUUGAAACCCAAUCCAUCAAUCUCUAUGAAAGGCCAGUUCGGUCCAAAUGGAGCAUUAUACGAUGGAUGGGAAUCCAGAAGACAUAAUCCUUCUUUUGAUUGGGUGAUAAUUCAACUCGCAACACCCUCGACAUCUGUAUCAUACGUCGAUAUCGACACUUCCCAUUUUAGCGGUAACGAGGCUCCCCAAUCUCAGAUCUUCGCAUUGUCCCAAACCGAAUUAUCCACAACUACGGCAAAGAAAAUUUCGCCAAACACCAAAGGUUGGAUCGAGAUCUUACCUGUAGUUGACCUUGGUCCAAAUAGUAGACAUAUCUUCGAACUAGGAACUGACGGAAAGGAAGGAAAAUGGGGAUGGUUAAUGGUAAGGAUGAUACCUGAUGGAGGAAUGGCAAGAUUCAGAGCAUUUGGUACACCUACACCUCCCACCCUCCCCACUACCUUACCACCAGACUACCGUUCAACCGAACCUAUCGACCUUGUCUCACCACUGAUAGGAGGAAGUAUCGUUUCAUGCUCCGAUGCCAACUUUUCUCCACCUCAGAACCUCCUCUUACCUGGAAGAGGGGUGGACAUGUCGGAUGGAUGGGAGACUAGACGAUCACAACAUCAAAGAGGCAAAUAUUCCUCUGGAGGUCAACUCGCAGGACAAGAAAGAAAGGAAUGGGUGAUAAUCAAGAUGGGCGUAGAGGGGGUGAUCAGUUGGGUUGAGGUUGAUACGGCGUUCCAUCCUGGUAAUUAUCCCGUGGCAUGUACGAUCGAAGCGACUCUCUCUGAGAAAGGAUCGGACCUCAGUCAAGCUGAAUGGACACAGAUAGUCAGCAAGAAACCACUAGGACCGCAUAGACAGCAUUUCUUCGAUGUCGAGAAGAGCAUUGGGGAAGGGAGGGUCUGGAGUCAUGUGAGAUAUACUGUUUACCCAGAUGGAGGAUCAAAACGACUCAGAGUUUACGGAUACCCCCUCUCGCCCUCUGCCUCUCUAACACCUUCAACAUCCACCGAACUGAACCUACCAGUCCUUCCUCUGACGUACGAAGCCUUCAAACCUUACGGUCAAGUGAUCCAAGGAUACUCUUUCCCAUCGUCAGCGCCCAAGGGGAUCAACGUUACUGUCGCCAACCAAGGUACAGCAGCGAAGUUCCAUAGAUUGGGGAAGAUCGAGGAGACAUAUCCUGAAGGAGUGGGUAAACCCGGUGGAAGCUUUGUAGGCUGUGUGAAGGCUCAAAGUAGGUUGGAAGUGAGGGAUGGAGCGAAGAUGAAGGUCGAACUGUUGGAGAGACACCCAUAUACUACUCAAGCGUUCAUUCCUCUCGGUCGACCCGCCAACUCACCACCUCCCGGAGCAUUUAUAGUAGUAGUAGCUCUGAAUGGAGCCGAUGAUAAACCUGACUUGAAGACUGUAAGAGCGUUUUUGGCGACUGCUGCUCAGGGUGUAUCUUUCGAUGCUGGUAUAUGGCAUCACUCUCUCUUCACCAUCGGAGGGGACCUCGAAUACGCAGUGAUCGAACGAGGAACACCCGAUCCUUCAAGUUUAGCAUACGUCGAGAAAGUCUCACCUUCACUUGACACGUACUUGCAAAUCCCACCAUUCCCACCUACUUCCCUCCCACCAGGAACAAUCGAGACCGCCCAUAUACCUCAUCCAGCACCGGUCCACACCCAUACACAGAGCAACGGACCUGAUCAUCCCAAGACCAAUGGACAUCCAGCAGGAAGUGGUUUCUUAUCUUCCAUCCUUCAUCACGGUUCUUCAUCUACGCAUGCAUCGAACUCAGCGAUCUUGGAACCGGUAUUGAUCACACCUGACAAUUUCAGCAAAUAUGGUUCAAUCAUUUCUACCAGCCCCUCGUCGACUCAUAAAGAUUCGGAAUCCUCUCCUGAUGGAAAGACGAUUAAACAUAAUUGUCUAGCACCGAUCAUUUCCACUUACCCUGCUGAUUCCGGCGCGAUCACCGGAAUUUCAGUAUUUAGAGCUACGCGGAAAGUUGGUUUGGAACGUGGAAGGGUAUUUGACGUUAGGUACAUGGAGAGACACAAGUAUACUAGUCAGGCUUUCUUACCUAUGGGUAAAGCUGAGUGGUCAGGUCAAUCCGAAGAAGCUUUAGAUGAAGGAGGAGAAUUCUUGGUGAUCGUAGCGGAUAACGGACCAGAUGAUAAACCUGAUCCUAAAUCUCUUAAAUCAUUCAUCUUACCUCCUAAUAUGGGGUUGUCUUAUGCCCCAGGUGUCUGGCAUCACCCUGUUUUGAUACUCGACUCGACUAUAGAUCUAGCAUGUGUUGAAACUCAAAUUUCCACUGGAUUGCACGGUGAGACAGAUGAUAGGGAUUGCGAACUUGUGUCUUGGGAGGGUCAAAAGGUCUUUGGAAGAGUUGCUGUGCCUUCUUUAUAA